AUGUCUGACGUAAGAAGUGAUCGGGUUGCAGCGCCCCCCUAUGAGGUCGACGAGUGCAGAGGAGUGCUCCGUGUCUACAGCGACGGCUCGAUCGUCCGAUCCACCAAACCAAGCUUCGGCGUCCCCGUCCACGACGACGGCACCGUCCUCUGGAAGGACGUUCAGUUCGAUUCCACUCACAACCUUCACCUCCGCCUCUAUAAGCCGGCCGCCUUGCCUCCCUCCGCCAAACUCCCAAUUUUCUACUACAUCCACGGCGGGGGCUUCUGCAUCGGCUCACGAACCUGGCCUAACUGCCAGAACUACUGCUUCCGCCUUGCUUCCAGCUCCAAGCCUUGA